AUGUCUCGACCCCCACUUGGCCUGGAACAGCACCCCGCACCCUCCAUCGACCAGGACAUCAUCGGCAUGCUCAGCGUGGCGUACCAGCAGGAGGCGGAGCUGCGCCCCGACGCCGAGUACCUGCACCGCCACUCCCCGACCUCGGCACGGCACGGCCCGCGCCUGUCCGCCGGCAUGCGCCGCAUGGGCCUGGGCUGGAUGGUGGAGGUGGCGCUGGACCAGGGCCUGACCCAGGAGGCGCUGUCGCUGGCAGUCAGUCUGUUGGACCGCUACAUGAGCGCGGCCCAGACCUUCCCCGUCGCAAAGUUUCAGCUGGUGUGCACAGCCUGCCUCCUCAUCGCGGCCAAGCACGAAGAGGAGGUGCACCCCGCAGUGAGCGAGCUGACGGGCCUGAGCGACGGCUCCUUCUCCGAGGCCGAUCUGCGCUGCGCGGAGCUGGCGGUGCUGCAGACGCUGUCCUACCGCGUCAACUGCCCGACCCUCUACACCUUCCUCCUGCUGCUGAACCGCGCUUUAGGCCUCAACCCCCGCUCCAGCGCGCUGGCCUGCUACCUGACGGAGCUGUCCAUGCUGGAGUACGGCAUGCUCGCCUUUGCGCCCUCGCACGUGGCCUGCUCCGCCGUGGCCCUGGCCAACCUCUACUUCAAUGAGCCCCUGCCCAUGAGUGCGAUGCUGGCCACCAUGCCCUACACCCCUGCCUCACUGCUGCCCGGCAUGCAAGCCCUGCUGCACCUGCAUCAGGCGGCCCACGGCGCGCCCGCCGGCACCGAGGCGGCGGUGGUGCGCGACAAGUUCCGCGCCUACGAGUGGCAGGGCGCGGGCACCGUGCACCCUUUCCAGAGCCUGCCCGGCAGCCUGACCGCGGGGCCCUGGGCGCUGAUGGGUGCGGGGCCGCCGGGCAAGUCCUAA